CUAUAAAUAACGGCAGAAACCGCACCCCAAAUAAGCCCCACCUCAUCACCCCUCUCAAGUCCAAGUAUCACAAGAAUCCUCUUCUUCUUCAAUAAUACCAGUAGCAGCAAAAAUCCUAUACUCCUCCUUUGAUUUCCUUCUCAUUCUUUGUGAAUCCGUACCAUCUGAAUUAUGAAAAUCGACCACAAUUUGCAUCAAGAACAAGAAGAAAAAGAGCAAACUGUAGUCAUCCCGAGUGAAGAAAAUAUGUGCAGAACCAUUGAAGUUGCCAUCAUUGAACCGCCCUCUCAGCCUCAAGUCUUGCCAGCAGUGAAGCUCACGCCACCGCCAACCACCGUGAAUGAUGAUGAAGAGAUGUUUAUUCCUCCUCUCAACUUUGCUAUGGUUGACAAUGGCAUUUUCCGCUCUGGCUUCCCUAACUCCACCAACUUCUCCUUCCUCCAAUCCCUCUCCCUUCGUUCCAUCAUAUAUCUUUGUCCAGAGCCAUAUCCGGAAGCCAACAUGGACUUUCUGAUGGCAAAUGGGAUUCAGUUAUACCAGUUUGGGAUUGAUGGAGCUAAGGAACCGUUCGUCAACAUUCCAGAGGAUACUAUACGUGAAGCAUUGAAAGUUGUCAUUGAUGCGAGGAAUCAUCCUCUAUUGAUCCACUGCAAAAGAGGAAAGCACCGAACUGGUUGUCUUGUGGGAUGCUUGAGAAAAUUGCAGAGAUGGUGCUUGACUUCUGUGUUUGAUGAGUACCAACGCUUUGCAGCAGCGAAGGCUAGAAUAUCUGAUCAGAGAUUCAUGGAGCUGUUUGACACAUCUAGCUUCAAGCAUCUUCCAAUGCCAUUUUCAUGUUCAAAGAGGUAACCACAAGUUUAUGUGAGAGGGGUGGAUUUCUUGCUACUCUGGAUUAGAUUGUUAAUCUAUAGAGGGCGAUGAUUUGAUUCCUACAGUGCAGUUAAUGAAGAAAUUAUGUUACUUUUUAUUAAGAGGUCAAUAACAAGCCAUAAGUGUCUUGUUUAUAGCCAAGUAUAUGUUAUAAGCUAUUGAUUGGAUUCCAUUUCAAUUCACAACUGGUUCAAAGCAUUUAGUUAAAUGCUGAAACUAUGUUUGUGACGAAAUACCAGGAUAAGAGCUCAUUGUCUCCAUCUGGCUUCUGCAUGUCAACGGACACAAAAGCAAGGCAGCUAGUAAAGGUUCUUCCCCCGUGAUCCCAGCUGGUUUGUUGGUGAUCCCAGCUGGUUUGUUGGCUAAGUCCACUUCUAUACUACUUCAAGCAUAGUGCUUUAAAUCCACCCAAGGUCUGGUUCAAAAUUUACCAAGAUAAGCAAUUUAUUGAUGUUCCUGCUGAAAUAAGUUGCAUCUUGUAGUGCUUUAGUGUAAUGUAUUACUGGUUUAGGUGGUCAUUUUUCACUCUUUUCUUGUGUUAGCUCUUAGUCCACCAGGUGGAUGGAGCUGUUGAACAUGUACUCAAUUCAAUUAGAUUGUCCAAGUGCAUAUGCUCAUAUUGAACUUCAUUUAACUGAGAUUUUGUUAUAUAGUUGAUUAAAUGCUGAUUAUUUAUGAAUUAUUAGUGCCAA